GGCUUGUAUUUGAGAUUUUGUCGAUCGGUUUCUCUCGGUUUUGAGCUGAGCUGCCUCGUUCUGUUUCCCGACAUACUUUUUGAUAUCUCGCUUAGGAUUGAGCUGAUACAUGAGGUUCGUCAGUAUGUAUCGUAUGAGCGAACCAGAUAUAUAGGUAAGUCGAGUAGGGCUGAGUUCGGAGCUGAACUGCGGAGUUUAUAGUGUACCGUCAUUUUUUGUUCUUUGAAUGCGACCGUAUGCACUUGAUAUCUCUGUUAUUACCUUAUUGUUGUCGGGACAUAUCGUCGUCAUAUAAAAAAUUAUGCUCCUUCUGUAUUUUCUGGAUCCUUCCGAGUCUUUGUGAUGUUCAGCGCUAUACUCUCGAAUUGUUUAGCCCGCAGAGAGGUUCAAUUCAGCAGAGUCCUGCAACUGCUCAGCCUAUUUCUCAGGGUUCGAUUAUUUUGAGGUUGACAAGCGAGAUUGGCAUGGUCGAUUUGGUCAGUUGUCGGCCUUUGGGGAUGAUAGUUCACGGGAAACUAGUCAUGGCAAUGAGGAGCAGUAGAUAAAUAAUCGCCAAGGCCAACUAACUUUCAGAAAGGAUCUAUAAUGUCUGGUAACCAUAAGAUUGGACCAGCUCCUGGCCUUGUGAAGGCCGAAGUUCCAUGGUCGGCCCGAAGAGGACUCAUCAUCUCUGAAGAGGAACGUGUCUUGAGGACAGUUAGAGGUAUUUUGAACAAACUGACCGCAAAGAAGUUCGAUGUUCUCAAGGGUCAACUUAUUCAUUCUGGAAUUACAUCUGCGGAAAUUUUAAAGGGUGUUGUCUCGUUGAUAUAUGAUAAGGCUGUUCUGGAGCCCAUGUUUUGUCCACUGUAUGCUCUUCUGUGCUCCGACCUUGAGGAUGAGCUUCCCGCAUUCCCACCAAAGGAAUCUUAUGGGAGACCAAUCACUUUCAAGCAAAUCCUCUUGAGUAAUUGCCAGGAAGCAUUUGAAGGAGCUGAUAAACUUAGAGCAGGAAUUACGCAGAUGGCUGGCCCGGAGCAAGAAAUGGAACGAAAGGAGAAGGAGCGGCUAGUAAAACUGAGAGCGCUUGGGAACAUAUGCCUCAUAGGGGAGCUGUGGAAGCGGCGAAUGAUUUCAGAGAGAAUUGUGCACCACAUCGUUCAGGAUCUUUUGGGGGAUGACAACAAAGUCUGCCGAGCUGAGGAAAAUGUUGAAGCCACCUGCCAAUUGUUCAAUACGAUUGGUAAGCAGCUUGAUGAGAGCUCAAUAUCCCGUGAGAUCAAUGAUAAGUACUUCUGCAGGUUGAAGGAGCUGAUGUCGAAUCCUCCGCUCACCCCUCGCUUGAGGUUUAUGGUGCAAGAUGUCCUCGACCUACGAUCCAACCAUUGGGUUCCAAGACGAGCAGGGGUUAGAUAGACUGGCAUCUAUAUGGUAACACCUAUUUUCCAUAUCUCGUGAGGAUUGCUUAGUUAUAAAGUGUAACUGGAGAUGUCGAUGAUUUUUCCGGGUUUAUGAUGUAUUGGUCCGAGCUUGACGAGCGGGCCGCAAUCAUCCUUGCAUGAAUUGAGUUAGUUUAAAGUUCGAAUAAAGAAAGCCGAACCCAUGUUUUUAGGAGGAAA